CUGAUGGCGUCACCGUGACGCCCCGCCCCUUCCCUCGCCGUAAAGAAAACCGAACCAAACUCUUGGCGCUCUCGAAGUUUCCGUGGCGUCGCCAAGAUGGCGGAGUCGGCGGGGCUGCGCGUGUUGCGGCUGCCGGACGGAGACGUCGAAGGAGACCCCGCCGGAGCCGCGCAGAAGCUGACAGCGGCUUUAGAACAGAAGCCAGAUGAUGCAGAGAAUUACUGUCAACGAGCUUUUGCUCACAUUCUUCUACAAAAUUACCAUGAUGCCAUUGCAGAUGCAAAGAAGUCACUAUCACUUGAUGCCAGUAAUGCUGUAGCCUUUCUCAGACAAGGGGUAGGUGAAUACCAUAUGAAAGACUAUGAUUCUGCACUGAAGUCUUUCAGGGAAGGACAACAACUGGACAGUGCUGACACAGCUUUUACUAUUUGGAUUCAAAGAUGUGAGGAAGCCAUCAAUGCUGGAUUGCAGAAUGAGGUGGAUGACAAUCAGAUUAUGCAACAUCAGUCAAAACCACCUAAGAUCAAGCAUGACUGGUACCAAACAGAAUCUCAUGUAAUUGUAACUAUUAUGAUCAAAAACGCAAAGAAGGAUGAUGUAAACAUACAGUUUUCAGAAAAAGAGCUAGAUGUAUUCGUGAGGCUUUCGUCAGAGGAAGACUACAACUUAAAGCUUCAUUUUCUUCAUUCCAUAGUUCCAGAACAAAGUACAUUCAAAGUUCUUUCAACCAAGAUUGAAAUAAAAAUGAAGAAACCAGAAGCUGUACGAUGGGAGAAAUUGGAAGGCCAUGGAGGCUCUCCUAAACUAAAACAAUUUGCGCCUGUUUCAGAUGCAACACACCUUUAUCCUUCAUCUUCUCAUUAUACAAGGAAUUGGGACAAAUUAGUAGUUGAGAUCAAAGAAGAAGAGAAGAAUGAAAAGUUGGAGGGGGAUGCAGCUUUAAAUAAACUGUUCCAGCAGAUAUACUCUGAUGGCACAGAUGAAGUGAAACGUGCCAUGAACAAAUCUUUUAUGGAGUCUGGUGGGACAGUUUUGAGCACAAACUGGUCUGAUGUGGGUAAAAGGAAAGUAGAAGUCAAUCCUCCAGAUGACAUGGAAUGGAAAAAAUUCUAACUUUUUCAUGUGCCGCUUUGUGCUGCCCAUAUUUGUGUAUUUACCAUUGUGUGUGGACACAGCAUCCUUGAAGCUGAAGCACUGAAUGUUCAUUUGAAGAUUAUUCCUGUCAUCUUACCUUGAUAUGCUCUAGGAAUACCUUUCUUUGCAGGUCUUAGAGGAAUUGAAGUCUCUUACUGCUUCUGUCCUUGAAGGGUUUUUUUGGGGAGAUAAUACGAACCUAUCAUUCGUACAUUUUCUGCUGGAUUGCUCAGUUAUGUAUUUGGAGAGUUAGCAAGACUUUUAAUGGGCCACCUAGGAUUAUUGCCUUAUUAAUACACAAAAAUUCUUUAAAUAAUUUAUUCGCUUUGGUGAUUUGGGGGGUAAAUACACUUUUCACCUACAGUGUUAAGAUUGUUUGCUGUUUAACUCUGCAUACAAAUAAAACUGUAAAUAUAUAACUUUUCCAAAA